UGUUAUCGUGAAGUGACGGUGAUGCCCUUUACUAGGAGACAGCCUGCCAUGACUAAUGAUAUCCACACCUCAGGUUUUUCAUAUCAGUGCAAAGAUUGUUUCUGCGGUUUUCCAUAACAAUUCACGUAAACAAAGUAACUUGCUGAAAGAGUUUAAAACCACGUCCUAGACUGCGCCGGCAUAAACUUUGAAUACUGGUUUGAUCGUUUAUUUCACCACUAGAUUGCAUAGGCCCAACCCUAUCAAGAGUUGUAUCGAAAAACAUCUAGUCUCAUAUAAUCACAAUGUGUAAAACGCCUAUGCAUGAGUUCUUGGCUGCUCUGCCAAAGUGCGAGCACCAUCUGCACAUCGAGGGCACAUUCGAGCCCGAACUACUUUUCGAGUUGGCAGCCAAGAACAACAUCAUAUUACCUGCAGACAAAGAUGUCGUCUUCGCUUCGAUCGAUAGCCUCAAGGCCAGAUAUCAGACAUUUGCCAACCUAGAUGACUUCCUUGGCUACUACUAUAUUGCUAUGUCGGCACUGAUCGACGCCAGCGACUUUAAGAAACUCGCGUACGCAUAUUUCAAGAAGGCUGCCUCCCAGAAUGUGCGACACGCCGAAGUCUUCUUCGAUGCGCAAGAGCAUACCAGGAGAGGCGUACCCUUUGAGACAGUCGUCUCGGGUCUGAAGGCUGCACAGAAGCAGGCAGAGAAGGACUUUGGCAUGACGACCGAGCUUAUCAUGUGUCUGGUGAAGCAUCUCCCUUUGCAGAGUGCUUUGGAGACGUUCGACCAUGCCAAGGAUGGUGGUUUCUUCAAGGACGGUUCGCUCCUAGCCAUUGGUAUGGACUCAUCCGAGAAACCUUUCCCGCCCAAGAUGUGGUCGGAACUAUACGACGCCGCGAAGGCAGCUGGUGUCAGGAGAACAAUCCACGCUGGUGAGGAAGGCCCUGCCGACUACGUUGUACAGUCUUUGGAUCUGCUGGGUGCGCAGAGAAUCGACCACGGCUUGCGUACCUUCGAGGAUGAGGCACUGGUCAAGAGGGUGGUGGAGGAGAAAAUCAUGCUGACAACCUGCCCAAUUUCGAACUUAAAGCUUCAGUGCAUCAGCGCCAUGUCUGAGUUCCCCUUACGGAAGCUCCUGGAUGCCGGUGUGCGUUUCAGCAUCAACAGUGACGACCCAGCCUACUUCGGCGGCUACAUCCUCGAGAACUAUUGGGUGCUGCAGGACACGUUCGGCCUUACUCUACGGGAGUGGCAGGGCAUUGCCAAGGGUGCGGUGUUGGGUAGCUGGUGCAGUGAGGAGAGAAAAGCGCAGAUACUGGCGGAGAUCGACGACGUGGUAUCACAGUGGAGCAGCGUCCUAGAGCAGCGAUAAUGAGUAUAAUAUAAUGC